AUGGCAGAGGGAACAACGCACGUUCCUCCCUCGGGGCUCCCCAAAAUCCCCUGCAGGGAGGAGAAACCCCUUGAAAUCGAGGAACUCCCCCCCCCCACACACAGACAGUGCUUCCCGCUCGAGAUUUCACCCUUUUCGUGCAGUCUCCUCCGGGAAUGCUGGGUUUUCACAGCCCCUGCAUCCAGGACUAACCCUGAGCAGGAGAGUCCUGCUUUGCCCCCGCCGUUCUGGCAGAUCCCAUCCCGCAGCAUCCUCCUCUUCCUCCCGGCUCUCCGCUCCCCGGGAAUCAGCGGCGGGGCGCUGGGGGCUGCAUCCAGGAGCAUCCCCACCCCCGCGGAGCCCAGGCCUCCCUCUCCAUCCUACCUGUCCCUUGUCCCCUCCCCAAAGGAGCCAGGAACAGCCCCCGCUGCCGUCUCCGGCCCCGCUGGGAGCCGACCCGCAUCCCUGUCCCUCCUCUUCCCCGUUACCUGCCUUUGUCCCCGGCUUCCGCGGGGUUUUUCCGCGUCAAAAGCGUCCUCCGUUCCAAGGCAGGGAGGGGGCGAUGCCCAGAGCCCCCCUUGCACCCCACAGCCUCCCCCAGCAGGACACAAUGGAGGCGAUGCCGAGCGCGGCUCCGGAAGGCCGAGCGGGUAUCCGGGAGGGAGAGACGAGAGGCUGAGCAGCAGCUCCGCUCAGCCAGAGCCCUCUAGAGCCGUUUUCCAGAUCCUCCUGCUGGCAGGUCUGCUGAGCGCCCAGCGGUUCCCGUGCUUUCCCGAGUAUUGUCUCCACGAUCAGGACUACGAGGAGCUGCUGCAGAUCGCCCGGGAUGGGCUGGAGCCCGCGGCCCACCCGGCACACGUGGUCGUGGUGGGCGCUGGGAUCGGUGGGCUGACGGCGGCCAAGCUGCUCCGCGACGCCGGGCACGAGGUCACCAUUCUGGAAAGGAGCAGCUGGGUCGGGGGGCGGAUCCGGACGUACCGGCCCAAGGGACAGGACUGGUACGUGGAGCUGGGAGCCAUGCGCCUGCCAGGCAAGCACAGGCUGGUCCGCGAAUUCAUCCGCCAGUUCAACCUGAAGCUGAAUCCUUUCAUCCAGAGGGACAACAACACCUGGUACUUCCUGAAGGGUGCUCGGGUCAGGGCUGAGGAGGUCAACAGGAACCCUGAUGUCCUGAAUUACACGGUGAAGCCAUCAGAGAGGGGCAAGAGCCCCGUCCAGCUCUACCGGGAGGUCCUGAGCAAGGCUUUUAAGAAGUUCCAGACCACUGAUUGCAGGAAAUAUCUGGCUCAACACGACUCCUUCUCCACCAAGGAAUAUUUGACCAAGGUCGGGGGGCUGAGCCGAGGAGCUGUUGAGAUGAUCGGUGACUUGCUGAACGAGGACUCGGGGUUUUAUCUGUCCUUCCUCGCCUCCCUGUGGGACUUUGACAUCUUCUCUGAGGAGACUUUUGAUGAAAUCACCGGAGGGUUUGACCAGCUGCCCAAAGCCUUCCACAAGGCGCUGCCCAACAUCAUCCAGUUCAACUGCACCGUGGAGAAGAUCAUGAGGAAGGGCGACAAAGUCCGAGUGUUCUACCGCGCUCCGGACACGCUGUCCCCCACCAUCAUCACUGCAGAUUAUGUCCUUGUCACUUCCAGCGCCAAAGCUACCAGGCACAUCCAGUUCCUGCCACCGCUGUCCCCCGCCAAGGCCCACGCCCUGCGCUCCAUCAACUACGCCAGCAGCACCAAAAUCAUCCUGGCCUGCUCCGAGAGGUUCUGGGAGAAGGACGGGAUCCGCGGGGGGUACUCGGUCACCGACCACCCCUCCCGCUUCAUCUACUACCCCAGCCACAACUUCUCCAGCGGCGUGGGUGUCAUCCUGGCCUCCUACACCUGGAACAACGACGCCGAGUUCUUCCUGCCCCUCACCGACGAGAAGUGCCUGGACGUGGUGCUGCAAGACCUGGCGGACAUCCACCAGGUGAGCAAGGAGUACCUGCAGUACACCUGCGACCAGCACGUGAUCCAGAAGUGGCAGCUGGACCAGCACGCCCUGGGCGCUUUUGCUGCCUUCACGCCGUACCAGUUUGUGGAUUACUCGCAGGCCUUGUUCGCCCACGAGGGCCGGGUGCACUUCGCCGGGGAGCACGCGGCACAGCCACACGCCUGGAUCGACACGGCCAUGAAAUCGGCCAUCAGGGCCGCCAGCAACAUCCACCACGACAGCGGCGAGGCCGGGAUGGACACGGCCGUGAAAUCGGCCGUCAGGGCCGCCAGCAACAUCCACCACGACAGCGGCGAGGCCGGGAUGGACACGGCCGUGAAAUCGGCCGUCAGGGCCGCCAGCAACAUCCACCACGACAGCGGUGAGGCCGGGAUGGACACGGCCGUGAAAUCGGCCGUCAGGGCCGCCAGCAACAUCCACCACGAUAGCGGCGAGGCCGGGAUGGACAUGGCCGUGAAAUCGGCCGUCAGGGCCGCCAGCAACAUCCACCACGAUAGCGGCGAGGCCGGGAUGGACAUGGCCGUGAAAUCGGCCGUCAGGGCCGCCAGCAACAUCCACCACGAUAGCGGCGAGGCCGGGAUGGACAUGGCCGUGAAAUCGGCCGUCAGGGCUGCCACCAACAUCCACCACGACAGCGGCGAGGCCACAGCGGCAGGUGGAGAGGGGCUGGGGAGAAUCCCACAGAGGGAAGAGCUCUGA